AUGGGGAGCUCGAACUCUACAAUCCAAAACUACAGAUCAUCUGAUAAUUUUUAUCUAAAUUUGAAAACCUGUUAUGGGUACCCAAUGAGGCUCAGAUUUGGUGCUAAUUUGGAGUUUAAUUUUGGUUUCAGAAUGAGGAAUGGAGUUAGGCCAUUGAAGAACGGUGAUGAUGGGAAUCGGUGGAAUUUUUCGACGAUGAAUGUUGUGAACACCACCGGUAGCGACAACAAUACUGGCUCCGGGGAAGGUAAAGAUAGCACCGGUGGAAAAGAAGUAAAGGAAAAUGGAGGAAUUGAUGAAGAGGUUGGAAUUGGAAUUGGAGCAGGGGAAUUCGAAUCAAGGAGAGCAGAAUUCAAAUUGGUCCAGAUUUCAAAUCCAUCUCCUCUAAAAUCGGAUAAUGAAAUUCCUAAUAUUGUUCUCCUCCUAAACGUGGACAAGGAGGAGGCGGAGAGGCUUCCACCGUUGACUGUGGUGGUUCUCUUCGCCGAUGGAGUGAGAAACGGUGGAGAGUGA